GAAGUGAUCUGCGCCGCCAUCUUGUUUACAUCUGGCUUUCUUGAUUCUUGCUUGUUAUUGAUCAAGUAAAGUUAUGUUCAAUUUUAUCACUUUUUGAGGACAACUAUGUUUCAAUAGUGUACUUUUUGUGUAUUUGUGUUUUAUCUGAUAUCAGUGUACAUCUACACCCAAUUGGCGCAGUAGACCUGCGUACUAGACGUUCUGGAGAGUGAGGCUCCUCCCACUCAUCCUCACCCAACCCACACCAGCAUGGCCAGUCCUUCGCCACAGGGGGGCCCAAUGGGGCCUCCCCCUCCGCAGGGCCCCCCGCCGCCCCAGGGGCCAAUGGGGCCUCCUCAGGGACCGCCGCAGCCGCAGGGCGGGGGACCCCCCCAUUCGCCCAUGGGACCUCAGCAGCAACAGCAGCAACAAGGAGGCGGUCCAAUGGGCCCACCCCAGCCGCAUCCUCCACCCCCGCACCACCCUCACAGCCCCCAGCAGCCGGGGGGCGGCUACCCGGGGCACAUGAACGGGGGCGGAGGUCCCCCAAUGCAGCAGGGCACACAGACUUUCCAACCGCCUCCGCCUCAAGGUCAUCCAGGGCAAGGACCUCCCAAUAUUCCGCCGGGAGCGCCGCAAGAAAACCUGACUGCUCUGCAGCGGGCUAUUGACUCAAUGGAAGAGAAGGGCAUGCAGGAAGACCCGCGCUAUUCACAGCUGCUCGCUCUAAGGGCUCGAAACAUGGAUGGACCUAGGUCUAUGCAGGGUUUCGGUGGCGGUCCGCCUAACCAAGGCCCACCAGGCGGUCCCCCCCCGGUGGCCCCCCAGGCGGCGGGGACCCCAGCAAGCAACAACAGCAGCAACAACAACAGCAACACAACUUCAGCGGCAACCAGUUGACCCAGUUGCGCGGCCAGAUAAUGGCCUAUCGACUGUUGGCACGCAACCAGCCCCUCACCCAGCAGCUGGCCAUGGUCAUACAGGGCAAGCAAGGGGCCGGGCGGGAACCCCAGCCAGGGGGCGGGCCCCCUUUUGGGCCCCAGCAGCCCCCCCAGGGGCCACAAGGGCCCCAGCAGCAGCAGCAUCAGCGGUCGGCUACGCAGACUGAGCCUGGCGAAGGUUCAGACUCAUCCAACUCCUCAUCGGGAAGUGGGGCGGCUGGACUAGUGCCAGGGGCGCCGCCCCCAGUUGGAGCCCCACCACCGCCACAGGGAGGUGGUGGCCCUCCAGGGCCUGGUGGGGCCAUGAUGCGACCUCCGCCCCGGGGCCAGGGGGGCCUCCUCAGCAAGUGCCGCCUCCCAGUGCAGCAGCUGCUGUAGUUCCGCCUGGGGCGCAACCGGGGGUGGUUCCGCCUCCGCCGCCUCAGCAACAGCAACAGAUGGGAGUGCCGCCCCAGCAGCAGCAGGGUAUGGUGCCUAGGGUGCCCGGCCAGAUGGGGGCGCCAGGUAUCAACCAGAACCACCAGCCGCCGAUGCCAGGUGUACCGCCAGGUGUGGCAGGUCCAGGGGGCGUUCCCCCAGGCGGCCCCCCCAUGAUGCAGGGGCCACAGCAGCCGCCUCCUGGUGGGGUGCCGCCUCACCACCAUCCUCAGGGGGGCGUAGCCCCUAUGGGGCCACGUGGGCCGGCGCCUCCUACGCCCCAACAACAGCAGCAGAUGCAGAAGCAGAAUCGAGUCACCAGUGUGCCCAGGCCUCUGGGGUUGGAUCCGUUGUUGAUAUUACAGGAACGGGAAAACCGAGUUGCAGCACGUAUUUCGCAUCGUAUCUCAGAGCUGAGCUCCCUGCCAACGACUAUGUCAGAAGACCUGCGCAUUAAGGCACAGAUCGAGUUGCGCGCAUUACGAGUGCUCGACUUCCAACGGCAAUUACGUAGCGAGGUGAUAGCAUGCACACGACGCGACACGACGCUGGAGACAGCCGUGAACGUGAAGGCGUACAAACGCACGAAGCGACAGAAUCUGCGUGAAGCGCGCGCCACUGAGAAGCUCGAGAAGCAACAGAAGCUGGAGGCUGAGCGGAAACGCAGGCAGAAGCACCAGGAGUAUCUCAGCACUAUACUGCAGCAUUGCAAGGACUUCAAGGAGUACCAUCGUAAUAAUCUGGCCAAGAUUGGGCGGCUGAAUAAGGCCGUCAUGAACCACCAUGCCAACGCCGAGAGAGAACAGAAGAAGGAGCAGGAGAGGAUAGAGAAGGAGAGAAUGAGGAGGCUGAUGGCAGAAGACGAAGAAGGCUACCGUAAGCUGAUCGAUCAGAAGAAAGACAAACGUCUGGCGUUCCUUCUCUCUCAGACCGACGAAUAUAUCGGCAAUCUGACAGAGAUGGUGAAACAGCACAAACAGGACCAGCGUCGCAAACAACAGGAGCAACAGAAGAAGAAAAAGAAAAAGAAGAAGAAGAAGCUAAUCGAGAUGGCACAGGAUGGGUCGGGUCCCGUUAAGACAGACAGUUCGGGAGCGUUGAAUCUGACAACGGACGACGGUGGAGUAGAUGAUGAGAACUCGCAGAUGUCCGAGAUACAUGUGACUGUGGUCGAAAAAGCGACCGGGAAUCAGCUGAGUGGAGAUGAUGCACCUCUCCUUAGGGAUUUGAGUGCCUGGUUGGAAGCUCAUCCUGGAUGGGAGGCGGUGGAGGAGUCCAGCGACGAGGAGAACUCUGAUCAGUCGGAUAACGAGUAUGACGAGAGUGAGAAGAAGGAGAGUAAAUCAAGUCACCCCAAGUCUGACGAAGAUAAAGCGCAUGAGGUGAUCAAGAAGGCAAAGGUUGAGGAUGAUGAGUAUAAGAAUACUAGUGAGGAACACACCUACUACAGUAUCGCUCAUACUAUUCAUGAAUCUGUCACAGAACAGGCUACAAUCAUGGUUAACGGAAAGUUAAAAGAGUAUCAAAUCAAGGGUUUGGAAUGGUUAGUCUCCCUGUUUAACAAUAACCUCAACGGAAUCCUAGCAGACGAGAUGGGUUUAGGUAAAACUAUACAAACAAUCGGUUUAAUCACGUAUUUAAUGGAGAAGAAAAAGGUGAACGGUCCGUUUUUGAUUAUCGUCCCGUUAUCAACUCUGUCCAACUGGGUGUUGGAGUUUGAGAAAUGGUCUCCCAGUGUGGUGGUGGUCGCUUACAAAGGGUCGCCCGCGAUUCGACGCACGCUGCAGUCUCAGAUGCGGUCCACCAAGUUUAAUGUGUUGUUGACGACUUAUGAGUAUGUAAUCAAGGAUAAGUCGGUGUUGGCGAAGCUGCAUUGGAAGUACAUGAUCAUAGACGAGGGUCACCGUAUGAAGAACCAUCAUUGUAAGCUGACACAGGUGUUGAACACACAUUACACUGCGCCUCAUAGGUUACUCUUGACAGGAACCCCGUUGCAGAAUAAGUUACCUGAGUUGUGGGCUUUGUUGAACUUUUUGUUGCCGUCAAUCUUCAAAUCGUGUUCAACGUUUGAACAGUGGUUCAACGCGCCGUUCGCAACAACCGGUGAGAAAGUUGAGUUGAACGAGGAAGAAACGAUCCUGAUUAUCCGUCGUUUACACAAAGUUCUACGUCCCUUCCUGCUGAGACGUUUGAAGAAAGAGGUGGAAUCCCAACUACCCGACAAAGUCGAGUAUAUCGUCAAGUGUGACAUGUCCGGGUUACAGAAAGUUCUGUACAAACACAUGCAGAGCAAGGGUGUGUUGCUCACAGAUGGAUCCGAGAAGGGGAAACAGGGUAAGGGCGGUGCUAAGGCGCUGAUGAACACGAUCGUGCAGCUCAGGAAACUUUGUAACCACCCGUUUAUGUUCCAGAAUAUAGAGGAGAAGUACUGUGAGCAUGUGGGGAGCUCCUCAGGGACUAUUUCGGGUCCGGAUUUGUACAGAGUGAGCGGGAAGUUUGAGUUGUUGGAUCGUAUCCUGCCGAAGUUAAAAGCUACAAACCAUAGGGUGUUGUUAUUCUGUCAGAUGACUCAGUUGAUGACAAUCAUGGAGGAUUAUUUGUCUUGGAGAGGGUUUUUGUAUCUGAGGUUGGAUGGUACGACCAAGGCUGAGGACCGGGGGGAUCUGUUGAAGAAGUUUAACAACCCCGAAAGUGAGUAUUUUAUAUUCUUGUUGAGUACAAGGGCUGGUGGUUUGGGGUUGAAUCUACAAGCUGCGGACACUGUGAUUAUUUUUGAUUCAGAUUGGAACCCCCAUCAGGAUUUGCAGGCCCAGGACAGAGCCCAUCGUAUCGGGCAACAGAACGAGGUGAGGGUGUUGAGGUUGAUGACUGUGAACUCGGUUGAGGAGAGAAUUUUAGCGGCAGCUAGGUACAAGCUAAACAUGGACGAGAAGGUGAUUCAAGCUGGUAUGUUUGAUCAGAAAUCGACGGGGUCCGAGAGACAACAGUUUUUACAAACUAUUUUACAUCAGGACGAUGCGGACGAUGAGGAGGAAAACGAGGUUCCCGAUGAUGAGACGGUGAAUCAGAUGAUUGCAAGGAGAGAGAACGAGUUUGAUACCUAUCAGAGGAUGGAUAUUGAGAGGAGAAGGGAGGAGGCCAAGCUGGGACCGGCGCGGAAGUCGAGGCUGAUCGAGGUAAAUGAACUGCCGGAGUGGCUGGUGAAGGAUGAUGAGGAAGUGGAGAAGUGGGCAUAUGAGGAGGAACCCGAGCUGCAUAUGGGGAGAGGGUCCAGGCAAAGGAAGGAGGUCGAUUACAGCGAUAGUUUGACUGAGAAGGAAUGGCUGAAAGCAAUCGACGACGGUAUUGAAGACUUUGAGGAUGAAGAAGAGGAAGAGGUGAAGAUAGUGAAGAAGACGCGAAAGAGGAAGCGAAAAGGAGUGGAAGAGGAUGAUGAUGAACCGCCGGCCAGCGGCAAGAAGAAGAGAGGAGGAAAGGAAGGAGGAAGCGGGGGUGGAGGUGGUGGAGGAGGAUCGGGUGAGAAGGCGGGAGAUGCGAAAAUGAGGAGGCAGAUGAAGAAGCUGAUGAAUAUUGUCAUCAGGUACACCGACAGCGACUCUCGCGUCCUCAGCGACCCAUUCAUGAAACUUCCCUCCCGUCGCGAGCUGCCCGACUACUAUGACGUCAUCAAGAAGCCGGUCGACAUCAAGAAGAUAAUGUCGCGCAUCGAGGAAGGCGGCAAAUACGAGUGCUUCGACGACCUGGAGCGUGACUUCUUCCAGCUGUGCAAGAACGCGCAGCUCUACAACGAGGAGGCCUCCCUCAUACAUGAGGACAGCAUAGUGUUGCAGUCGGUCUUCACCAACGCCCGGCAGCGGCUCGAGCAGGAGGUGGAUGUCUCCGAUGAUGAUGAGAGUACUAAAGGCUCCACAAGCGCGGGCAACAGCCAAUCAGCAGCCGCCAUUGGGGGCGGAACCGCCUCUUCGUCCACAUUCGACGACGACGCCUCCGAUGCCGGGGGCGGUGCAGGUGGGGGUGGAGACAGCAGCAGCAGUCAGGUGAAAAUGAAGCUGAAGCUGAAGGGAGGCGGCAGUAGUGGGGUUGGAGGCGGCAAAGGCAGUGGAAAAGGAUCGGCAACGCCUGGGGGCGGCGACAGGACGGGUCGUCGCAAACGCAGGAAACGGAUGGUCCUUGACUUGUGAUCUAGUGAAACUUGAUCGAGGGUCAUUUCGUUGAUCGAAGAUCAACAUUAAACGAAGAUUAGCCGUUGUCCUUCAACAGCGGUCAACUUUAACCGAAGGUUAACGGAUAGCCAUUCAUCAUCUAACGGGGAUCAACUGACACAAAAAUCGACAUAGUCUUGAAGCACUUCCGUCUACAAAAAUAUGGCCCGGUUGCACAAAAGCCGGUUAAAUUUUAA